UCAACUUCGGGGAGCAUUCCAUCACCGCGAAUUGACCAUGGUGCUGUCUUUAUACCUCCAUAUAAUCAAAUAUUAAUAUUUUAUGGAUCUAAUGAUACUUCAAUUAUGGCACUUGACACAUUAAUGUUUGUGUGGUCAGUUGCUACAAUUUCAAAUAUUGGUGGUUCUCCAUCAAGUCUAUUUAGUUUUGCUUCAACUCUAAUUGGAGCUUAUAUCCUUAUUGCAUUUGGAAGAACUA